AUCUACGUUAAAAUUUCUGCUUUUUUUUUUUUUUUUUUUUUGUAGGCAGGGUUUUGGAUGCAUCCAGUAGAAGCAGCAUAAAGUGUCCCAUACAGUUCCACAAAUUAGCUCUUGCCGGUAUCGGUCAGGAAGUGCUGGAUGAUGUGCACUCUAGUUUUGUCCCUUGAUUAUUCAUCGGUUGCCGUCUUUAGGAGCGAAUACAGAUAGCGGCAGUGAAGAGAGAAGCAGAAGCGGUGUGACGUCACAGCGGAUAGACCGCUUUGACCACUAAGUGCCAAGAAUAAAAGGGAGCGUUUAGGGAUCAUGUCUCAAAAAAAAAACAAAAAAAAAACAAAAAAAGGAGGACUGGACUUGGUGUCUCUCUACUAAAUAAGCUGUGUGUUUCUUACACUCAACACUGGAUUUAACUCUUUUGUUUUGUUUGCCAGUGUUUUCAUUUCAUUUUCACCCACAUAUGGACAGGUUCAGGACCACCUGCAAUUAAGCAUAAUAUAAAUAUGUGUUGUGUGUGUGUGUGUGUGUGUUUGUUGCAGCCAUGUUGAAUUUUCUAACAGUCCCAGUCACAUGUUCGUAUUGUUUUGAAGCACCCUCGGAGACUCCGCGGUACAAUUAUAAUUUCACAAGCUGGUCGUUUUGCUGUUUUAGUUCAAAACCUGUUUUAAAAUGGACAACAAAACAGAAUGCUUUUUUAAUGCAAACUAGAGAUGGGCAUCAUAAUCCGUUUGUUGAUGAAAUUGUUUAAUUUGUGUGGAAUUGCAUCCAUUUUUGCAGCCACUGCUUAACCUGUUGGAAGAUUCAAAGCCAAAUACCAGCGUGCGUCACUCUGCAGCAACCAGCAGAGGCGCUGUUGAGUCGAUCUUUGACCGCUUUGCUGUUCUAAAAGAGGCGUCACAUGACAUCACCGAGCUAUUCCAUUGGGUACAUAAUUGUCAAAGCAAAGUUUAUUCCAAGGAUUUAUAUGCCCAUCCCUACUCAGUAUUUUUAAAUUCGCUGUGUGCGUGUGCCGUGUUUGCAAACAAUUUUUUUUUAUUUUUUAACGUGUACUAUAUGUAUGCUUCUUUGCUCAUGUGUUCCAGUAGCAGGCAGCUGCCACCAUCCCCCUCCUCCCCCGCACUCUUAAGUCCUGCCUGCCAAACAAAUGUACAGUACUCACAAAAAAAAAAAAUCACAUCAAAAGCUAUUUUAACCCCAACCCCUUCCAGUCUAAUCUGGUGUAAUUGCUUUGAGAAUUGUCUCUAUUUAUUCUGUGGAUGAAAUAAAACACACUUGAAAAUGUCCCAUUCUGCCCCCUUGUGGUGGCAACCAACUUCACUCUGGUGCACUUCCUGCUUCCUUAAACCUGACAGCAUCAUUGGUGGAUUGUGUUAGAAUGGGGUUAAUAUUAUUUGCAAAGGAUGUCUGUAUAAGACUGUAAUGUUAUUCAACCCAGUGUAAUCAUGUUAAAUUAUUUUUAAUUUUUCUGCAAUAUGAAAGUGCAAUUUAUUUCUAUACUGUAACAAUUGUAUUAUUUUUUUAAGCUAUAUAUAAUGGAAUGGUGCACAUGUUUUCCUGUCAUGGCAGAAAACAUGACUUCAUUUCCUACCCAGGGUUGUGUUAGGAAGGGCAUCCAUGUGAUAAACUCGCAGUGGUGACCCCUGACAGGCUGAAAAUUUUAAAAAUAAUUUUUUGUAUAUCUUCCUCAAUAGGUACUUUUCUAUGUAACAUAUGGAGCAACAUCGCUGCACAUGUUUGUUUCUGCUCUUUUCACUUGCAGGACACACUUAGCGGCUUCACGCACGGAUUAAUUAAAGCCCAGACAUCACAACAACCUCAAAACGAGGUCACGACGCCCAGCCCCGGCCUCAACAGGGGUGUUCCUUAUAUUAUGCACGCAGAGGUCCUUUUCAUCUCCUGUUGUCUGCUCGCCAUUUGUGGCCCUCGUGCGACGUCUUUCUCCUGCCUGAGGACACAAUUCAGGCAUACAAAGCUUAUAUGGAGGUCUGCUGUCUACUGGGACCCGUUCUAGUUGCAUUAUUUGGCCUUGGAGGAGGAAUUAUGAGGCAUCACGCUCUGCUUCCUUUGAGUGCGUCACAGAGGCCCAGCCAAUCAGCAGCCUUGUUGUGGUGUUCCAAAAAGAGAGAGAGUGGGAAGUCAGCCAACAGAGAGUAAACUCAGCUCGUCAUCGCAGGCAGACGCGCAGACAUCCGGCCGCUUCGUGGUAGGCUGCCCCUCCCGGUGUGACAAGUCCAUGUGCCCCCGACCUGCAGCGGAGUGCCCCGCUGGGAAGACACUCGACGCCUGCCAGUGCUGCCCGGUGUGCGCGUCCGGGGAGGGGGAGGCUUGCAGCGGCAGCGGUAAGCUCGGCGACCCGGUGUGCGGAGAGGGGCUGGAGUGCUCCGUGUCCGGCGGCGUGGGCUACACAGGCACGGUCCGGAGGAGGAGUAAGAUCGGGAUCUGCGCGUGUAAAGUCGCGGAGCCCGUCUGCGGCAGCGACGGCGUCUCAUACCGGAACAUCUGCGAGCUGAAGAAGGUCAGCCGCCGGGCGCAGAAGCUCCAGCAGCCGCCGGUCAUCUUCAUCCAGCGUGGAGCAUGCGGGAAAGCUCAGGACAACCCAGACAGCCCGAGACACAAGUACAACUUCAUUGCCGACGUGGUGGAGAAAAUUGCUCCAGCUGUGGUUCACAUUGAACUGUACCGCAAAAUGACAUACUCCAAGCGAGAGGUAGCCGUCGCCAGCGGCUCCGGCUUUGUGGUGUCGGAGGACGGUCAGAUCGUGACCAACGCCCACGUGGUGGCCAACAAGCACCGUGUCAAAGUGGAGCUCAAAAGUGGCGCCACCUAUGACGCCAAGAUCAAAGAUGUGGACGAAAGGUCCGAUAUCGCCCUCAUCAAGAUCGAGGCCCCGACCAAGCUUCCGGUGCUGCUUCUGGGCCGUUCGUCGGACCUGAGACCGGGCGAGUUCGUGGUGGCCAUCGGCAGCCCCUUUUCCCUCCAGAACACGGUCACCACGGGAAUCGUCAGCACCACGCAGAGGGGGGGCAGGGAGCUCGGCCUGAGCAACUCCGACAUGGACUACAUUCAGACGGACGCCAUCAUCAAUUACGGCAACUCCGGAGGUCCUCUGGUCAACCUGGACGGUGAGGUGGUCGGAAUCAACACGUUAAAAGUGACGGCCGGCAUUUCCUUCGCCAUCCCUUCGGACAAGAUCCAACAAUUCCUGGCCGAGUCCUACGACAGGCAGUCCAGAGGCGCGGCAGCUGCUAAAAAGAAAUACAUCGGCGUGAGGAUGAUGACGCUCACCCCAGCACUGGCCAAAGAGCUGAAGAGUCGACAUCGAGACUUCCCUGACAUCACCUCUGGCGCUUACGUUAUGGAAGUCAUUGCUAAGACGCCAGCUGCGGUGGGCGGCCUGAAAGAGCACGACGUCAUCAUCUCCAUCAACGGCAAAAGGAUGUCCACGGCAAACGACGUCAGCGCAGCCGUCAAAAAGGACAAAACCUUAAAAGUUGUGGUGCGCCGCGGGAACGAGGACGCCAUCGUCACCAUUGUUCCUGUGGAGAUCGACCCUUGACCUCGCAGUUGGAGCCAAGUUGUACCAGUUAUUUAAAUAAAGGGGUGGGGGGGAGAGGCAAUUCUAUGGACAUGCCAUCUUCAUGUGACUUCAAGGUCAAGUUGCCAGAUUGUGGAAAGUUCUGGCCGUAUGACUGUACCGUUGCUGUUAAAAGCAACGCUGUACUUUUUAUUUGUUUAAUGUGUGUUGUCACUUUCUGCUCUACAGGAAGCUAUUGUUGUUGUUGUUGUUGACUUUUGCUCAGUCAGACCUCCUUCCUCUGCACAUUUAUAGCUAUUUAGGGACUCGCUGAGCUCGUCUCAUGUGUAUAAUUGUUUUCUAACCUCUUUUUAAACAACAAAGUACUGUAUAAUAUUUUAUUACUUGAUAUUUGCUCAAAUGAAAUAAAAGAUUCACCAUU